AGACGGCUGGCUAGCUAGCUAGCUAGCUGGGCAUUUUAACCUUUAACCAUGGUUUUAACGAGAGUAGGUCACAGUAGAGAUGAAACGUUAAUAAUGUAAUAGAUAAAGUGCAUUUUAAUGUUGCUUUUGCUUUGUGUUGAACCCCAGAGAAAUGAAGUGAAACACUGAAAUAGUUUAUUUUGAAGCUAAGCCGUCGAUCCGACGACAACACUGGUUUGUUUAUGGACAAAGAGAAGAGCAGCGACACUAGAGCUCAGUGCUCCUGGAUGGAGAUGCAUCAGUUCAUUGGUGACCUCCUCACAUCUGGAAACGCCUUGAAGGAUCAGCCAGAUGUGCUGAUGAACGCAGCAUGGGGCGUGGCUGCUGCUGCUGGAGGUGGUGGUGUUGGUGGUGGUGGUGGUGGUGCUGGAGGUGGUGGUGAUGCUCUGCGGUUCAAAGCUGCUUCACUUGAACCUCCACAACAACAACCUCCUCGACCUGCCAGGGACAAGUCCGAGGUUGGACAGAUCCAGCCUGGGGCCCCACAGAGGAAGGGAGAGACCAGAGCUCGGAGAGAAGAUGUGCAUAAUGCCUGCACCUGCCCUGGCUGCCCUUACUCCACUUCUUCCUUUGAGACUUUAAAAGCCAGACAAUCUUUGUCCUCGUCCCAGCGCUCGGAUGCAGCGUGCCAGCCCAAAGACCUCAGCAGUGCUGCUCCGGUGAGCCUCAGCAUGUGCUUACCGGACACCCCCGAACCGAGCAGCACCACCUCUGAUCUGGAGACAAGGGCGUCCGGCAGACCGCAGAGGGAGGAUGCAGACAAAGGGACUCAGAGUUCAGACCACACUCCUCCUCCAAGAGCGUCCUCCGGCUCCGUGUCCCACCUCUCUGUGUUUCCUUGCUUGUGUUGCCAUCGCAGUCUACAAACCUGCAGCCAGAUACUGAGCCACCAGCAAGGCACGGACUCCCCGUUUUCUCACAGCCAUCAUCCUUUCCAUCACCACCAUUGUCCUAUGACCUCUUGUUUACCCUGCCCUCAGCUCGCCCGCUCUCAUGCUCCACAGCUCUCGGGCACUUUCCCCUGCUUGCCUUGCCAGCACUCCUUUCCCACCUGUACUCAGGCCUGCCACCACCAGCACAGACAAACACAACAACAACAAGAGGAAAGAGGCAGGCCGGCUACGACCAUGUUGUCGCUACAUCCCUGCAUGCACUGCUCUGCCUCUUUUUCCAGACCGUCCCAGUUGCUGCAGCACCAGCGCUCCGAGCACGCCCUCAAACCGUCCGGCUUCCUCUGCACAGAGUGCGGCAGGGCCUUCAACUCGCACAGCAACCUCCGCAUCCACCUCAACGUGCACACCGGUGCCCGGCCCUACACCUGCUCUGACUGCGGGAAGAGUUUCAGCCAGUCGGGGGCUCUGAAGAUCCACAGGCGGAUUCACACUGGUGAAAGGCCGUAUACCUGUGGAUUUUGCGGCAGGGGGUUUCCCCACCUGGCGGGGGUCCGGGCCCAUCAGAGGACCCACACAGGAGAGAAGCCCUACUGCUGUAGCCAGUGUGGGAAAUGUUUCACCCAGUCAGGAGCUCUUAAGAUCCACAUGCGCAUCCACACAGGAGAGAGACCCUUCAUCUGCAGCUUCUGCGGGAAAGGCUUCUCCAACCGCUCCGGGAUCCGCUUCCACUACCGCACGGUCCACGGACUGGCCCCCGAACACGCCGGAGAAGCCGGAGCAGGCCGGGGUUAUCCUCCCGGGCGUCCCAGGACUUUUCCCCCAGCCAGCGUUGGGCUAAAUACACCAGAUAGCAACUCACAUACAGCUCCAAAUUCGAGAGAGCCUCCUGCGUCGACCGCUGCUCAUCCUGGUAAUGAGAGCAAAUCUCAGUCAGAGGGAGCGAACCCGGGUGGCAGCAGAGAGGGGCUCCUCUAUGCAUGUGAAGACUGUGGCCUGCGCUUUAAGGAUGCUCCAUCAAGGAACAGACACCAGACAGUGAUGCACUACUCCUCUGAGGAGAGAGAGGCGGAGGGGCAGAGGAAAGAGUUAAGCACAAACGAGACGGUCCGUGAUAACGGUGGAGAGUGAAUUAAUAUCGUUGGGAGGGCUGUCGACCAAAGAAAUUGUUCGUCGACUAACACUCGAUUAGAUUUAAUCGACGAAUCUGUAAAACUGAGUUUCUCCACUUAAGAAUCAUACAAAAACACCAAUUUAAAUCUUGAGUUAACAGAGAUGCGCUCAUACGUUUCUUGGAAAUAAGUCAUUCAGCAUGAAAAAAGCAUAAAAAACGACUAAUUGAAGAAAUCUUAGACGACUAAAACCAAAACGAAUGAUUAGUUGAUUAAUUGACUAAGAGGGGGCAGCCCCAGUUGUUGGUGCGUUACAACAGGCUGAACAUAAACAACAUCGAAACACCAGAGUAAAACAGUGUUUAAAAACAAGUGUUGAAAUUAUGUGUGCAAUAUAUUCUGUAGGUAAGUAUAGCUCUUUUCAAUUUGAAAAAUCUUUGAUAUAGCACUAGCUCAAUCGUGCCCGUUUUCACAACAGGUUUUUAGAUUUACGAUUUGAUUUGAAAAAUGUCAACCGAUAAGCGAUGUAUCCAGCUGCCUGUCUGUGCAGAUUCAUUACUGCUAACAGGCUUCGAGUCUAUUUUAAAAUAACCUUUAACACCUGCUUCAAUCACACACCAGGCAAACUUGUUAAGUAUUUCUCUUAAUACAGUUGUUUUAUUGUGCCUUAUUCAGACGUGGAAGAGGUUAGCGAAUUCAUCGCUAAAUGUGACACCACAAAGCUUGUAAAAAGCAUUUCUAGAAAAUUGACAUUUUGGAAGGUCUUUAAGUCAUAUUUUCAGACACAACGGCUGUCACCUGACCCUUAUUAUAUUAAAAUGCCUUGUAAUAGGAAAAAGUAUAAUUUUCUAUCUUCUUGUGUGAACAACAGCAAUGUCAUAUCAGUUUAUUAAAAAUUAAGUUCUUUAGUAAUGUGAUCUGUUUAAGACCUGUAUCUUCCAUACAAAAAUCUAAGAAAAUCCAAUGGACUUUGCAUGGCAUAGAAAAUUAAGUAAAAGUAGGGAGUACAGUAAGUAACGUUAAGUUGCUGUACAGUGGCAAAAGCCUAACACAUAUCAAGGCCACGUACUGGAGUAGUUUUUUUUAAUGUUACGGUUUUGUGUCUUGCUCAAGGACACUGCAGUCGGUUGAAUCCCCGGGGCUCAGAGUCCUCCACCACCUUUGCCUGUUGUGCCUUUCUGUGUUAUACUACAAUCCAAGCAUUUAUUUAAUAACCAAUGUUUGUUUGUUACUAUGUAUGUUAUAAAUGGAUGACAAUUAUCUGAGGAGUGAGAACCAGCAGACAAAUAAUUACACAAUCCAUUACUGUUUAAAGCUCAAGAGAGCCACCUAGUGGUUAAACAUAAUCAUAGCAAUAACCACUUUGUUACCAUUUAGAGUGCUUCUUCAAUGUAUUUUUUUUUUUUUUUUUUUACAAAACAUGUUGAAAUUAUACAUUGUGAGGACAAGUAACAUAUUCAAUCCACUUUGUUUUGCAUGAACUUGUUAAAUACUCUGCAUACAUCGCUGUAUGUGUUUUCUGAAAGUGCAGCUUGUGAUUAAACAUUUCAAUAAACGGUAUCUCUGA